AUGGGUCAAGGAGCAUCAAGAGAAGUUUAUUUAAAAGCAAUCGAUACACUUCAACAACAAUCGGUUGGUCAAGAUGAUGAGCUAUGGCAAGUCGUACUCACACAGACACUGGAUGAAGAUACCGUCAUCACGGUCAUCAAAUCAAUACGUGAUCAUCAACCUGAUAACCUAUCAAUACUCGUUAGAAAAAAUAAGAUCAUACCUUCUGCAAGAUCACAUUCAUUACCACCUUCAAUCACACCUACAACAACAACAACCAACAGCCAAGACAAUCAGGAAUCAUCAUCAACAUCAACAACAACAACAACAGCUGAAUCAACUGCUAAUAGUUUACCACAACCAAAAUUAGAUGAAACACAUUUGAUUCCAACCUCUACAACAACAACAACUACUACUACCACUGGUGAAAUUAAAGAUGAAGCAUCACAACCAUUACAACCAUUACAACAACAAGACAAGACACAACCAUCACUUAGUAAUCAAGUCGAUUCCACUCCGUUGGCUAUAAAGUUGAUGGAAGUAUUGUUGGAUCUCCUCUUCCAUCCAGGAUAUACUUUGGAUGCUGCAGCUUUCCAAACACCCACUGCUCAGUUACGUGAGUUGUUCCCAGAGCAACUGCCAAAUGAGCUGGCAUGGCAAGCGGGAUUCGGAGCAGAGACCGUAAAGAGUGGUGCUGCCAAAGCAUAUUGGCUCAAUCGUAUGGCAGUGUUGCAGUGUAUUCUUGCGUGUCUCUCAGAGCAACUCUAUACCAAUCAAGAGCAAUCCUACAAUUUCCGAUCGAAAUGGCUCGAUUGGCUCACUCACACUCAAGACUACUACACCGAGACACUGCUCUACUCGUUGAUCAACACAUUCUGUACCUAUGAUCCAGUCGGUUGGGGAGUGCCCUAUAACCAUCUGAUGUUUGCCGACGAUCAAGAACCAGUUGCCAAACUCUGCAUACAAAUCCUAAACGUACUCAUCAGUUAUGAUCCACCACAACCAGGUACAUCUCCAUCACAAACAACAGAAUCUCCAAACAAAUUUAUAAAUUUCUUAAAGAAUUUAAAGAGAACAAGAGAUUUUGGAUUCUUCUUUACUCAUUUCGAGAGAAUUUUGGGAUUACCUUUGAUGGCAUCUCAUACUCGUUUACCUCAUUCCACCAAAAAGAUAGAAUUACAUCAAGAUCUAUUAAUUACUUUUUGGAGAAUGAUAUCAAUCAAUCAUGAUUUCUUAAACUUUGUAACUACCAAUCCAAGUUCUCCACAAUUUUUAGUUUCAUUAUUACAAUAUAUGGAUGAAGGUAGAAGAAGUCAAACAACUCAUGGAUUGGUUCAAAUUGGAACAUUCAUUUUAUUGGUAUUGUCGGGUGAAAGAGAUUUUGCAAUCUCUUUGAACAAGCCUUUCAACGGUCAUAUAGUGAUUGAUAUUCCAAAGCCAAGUGGAUACUCUGACUUCCUCAUUAUCGUCAUGUAUCGACUGUUGAUGGAUAACAACGAUAAGCUAGAGACAUAUCUAAAGAUCAGUAGUUCAGUCAAACCAAUGCCAUCUGACCAAACACCAACCGAUGAGAAAUCGUCCAUCUCUGAAGUUGACUCUCAGUUGCAACAAAUGAACUUGGAGUCUUCGUCAUCAUCGUCAUCAACAUCACACCAAAACGAACCACCAAAGGAAUCACAAAAGAGUUCAACUGAACAUAUUCACAGAGAAGAACCACCUCCCUUAGAUACUACUCCAAAACAACAACAACAACAAGAGGAGCAGAAAUUAUCACCAAGAGAACAACAACCACAACAACAACAACAACAACAACAAGUAGUUGAUACAGUUACACAAAAACAAGUUUGGAUUCCAACAGAUGAAUGGCUUCAAUCGGUUAAAAAGAAUUUACCACUAGAGAACAUUCUCAAAGUAAUCACAAAUCUAUCUCCACAAAUUCAGAGACUUUGCACUGGAUCUGGAUCUGAUGAGCAAAAGAUCAUGGAGUACCUCAAGAUUUCAACUACAGUCGGUUUGUUCCCUGCCGCUGGACCAAUUAUGACAAGAAAGUAUCAUGCAAACCCUAUUACAAAAUCAUGGUUUAUUGCUUACAUGUGGUUAUUGUAUCAUGCUCAAUCAUCUUAA